UCGCCGAUUUGUUCGUUCAUAGACCCUUCUCCACGCCAAAAAAAAAAACUUUUUGGCUGAUCGAAGCUACCCACGUUAAGCUUUGUCCGAAUCCCUCUGAAAAACCUCGUAUUUUGCAGAUUGUGAUCACUCGUUAAUGGCGGUGGAAGAUUGUAGCUUGGAUUUCUCGCACCAUAUGGAAGAUUUUGGAAGAAUCGUCAAUGUUUCUGUUGUAUGGAGAGGAAACAGAUACGUUGUGGAGAUUGAUUCUGGGGCAUGUCUGAAGGAUUUGGGUGAUGAACUGAGAAAGCUGUCUGGUGUUAAGUCAGAGACUCUCAGGCUAAUUGUCCCUUGUCUGAAUGAGAAAGGGUCGAAAUUGCUGUUUCCUUUCUCUAAUGAGCACUCUCGCUUGAGCUUGCAGGAGGCUUCGAUUCUCGAGGGUAAACCUAUUAGAAUGAUGGGUGUGUCUGAAGACGAAGUUGACAGCAUUUUAAAAGACGCAAAGACCGACUUGAGGAUUCUUGGGUUUGAAGAAGAGGAGAGAAGGCUGAGGCAAAAAGUGUUAUAUGUUCCAGGUGCUUCACUCAAGCUUCCACAAGGGCCUUACAUCUUCUGCGAUUUCCGCACUCUUGAGCUCCCCGGUAUAGAGCUAAACCCUCCCCCUUCUGAAGCUCUAAAGAGAAUGCAUAGGCUUGCAGCAGAUCCUGGUAUUGUGGCUAUUAUGAACAAGCAUCGUUGGAGAGUAGGAAUCAUGACGGAGUUGGCCCCGGUUGGUUAUGUUGGUGUAACUCCCGAAUGCGUUCUAGGCUUUAACAAGAAUCAUGGGGAGGAGAUAUCUCUACGUCUUCGAACAGAUGAUCUCAAAGGAUUUAGGAAGUACGAGAGCAUAAAAAAGACUCUGUUGCAUGAGCUUGCUCACAUGGUCUACUCAGAGCAUGAUGAACACUUUUAUGCUCUUGACAAGCAGUUGAAUCAGGAAGCCAACAGCUUAGAUUGGACUAAAUCAAGGGGUCAUACUUUGAGUGGAGCAAAAAAUACAGAUGACUUUGAGGAGGAAGACUACUAUUUCUCCGAGACUAAGAGUUUUUCCCAAAGACUUGGGGGAAGCCAAUCAGAUCAUCUGGCAGAUGCACGUGCAUCUUCUGUUUCCGCUGCUUAUCGUCGUUUAACCACUACAACUGCCGAUGAUGACGUCAUUUUGCCAGAAGUUCGUGAAGAACCAGAUUCCGAUGAGUUGGUUGACCUCCAUGAUGAAACUGGCCCUCCAAAUUAUGCAAAAUCUCGAGGAACGGGAAUGGAUUCUGAUGAUCAGCCUGACACUUGGGACAAGCUUGAGCCCGAUCCUGAUGAUACCACUGAAGUUUGCAAGUCGAUACCCUAUCCUAAUCUUUCUGUGGUGUCAUCAAUGUCGAGGGUUUCAUCUGAAGCAGAAUAUCAGACAGAAAUUAUAAAGGUUUCGGAUAAUCAAAGAGAUGAUGGGCAUAAUCCUGAUGAUAAUCUAGAAAAGGAGGCAAAUGAUCAAAGAGAUGAGAAUAGGAGAAGUUCCAAUGGCAUUGUAAUCUCAGAUGGAGCUCCAAGGGGAUCUCGUGGCAUUACAGAAAGGGAGAUCUCGGAAGUUCUAAUCCGAAAGGACGUGUAUGGAAAUUCCAAUCCUCAAGAUUAUGAAAAUCAAACUAUACCGGCUAAGUCUGAGCCUGAAAACGCAGAGCCUGAUCCCGAUGAUGAUAACCAAGUUUUGUCGGACAGGAAAACCAUCAUCAAAGCUGAUGAACCAGAUCUUGAUGAUGAAGAAAUACACAGAAUCCAAGACUCUGUUACCAUCAUCACUAGCCGUCUCCAGAAAGCCGUAGACAAGCUGCAAGCUGAAGUUAACCCAACUGAAUCUAUGAAAGUGCUCCAAACUCUUCUCAAAGUAGUAAGGAAUGCCAUUGAACACCCUGGAGAAAUGAAAUUCAAGCGGCUACGUAAGGGAAAUUCAGCAAUCCAGCGCAACAUUCUCAACUAUGCAGCCGCUGUGGAGAUUCUUUUCCUGGUUGGAUUUGUAGAGGAUAUUGUUUCUGAAGGCACAGGACAACUAGAAGCGUAUUUGGUUCUGAAACGGAACGAUCCAGGCUUGUUGUGGCUUGCCAAAUCUUUCCUUGAAGCAAGCAUUUCUGCAUAGCAAAUCACAAACACUGCACAAUGAAGAUAUAUAAUCUUGUGUAAUUGUUGCCAUUGAGUUUGUAUAUGAUAUGUAAAUGUAUACAGACAACACUGCAUAAACAUACCAUUCAGUGCAAUUGUUGGCAUAUCUUGGGGACA